CUGAUUGGGUCGAAUUUGAAAAUUUAUAGGCCUAAAUUCCUGAAAGGAAUGAAUGAAUUUAUUUCACGUAAAUCAGUCGCUAUUUAUUCUAAUUUAACAAUCUUCGUCAAGUAAUUUUUGCUACAAUCUAUGUUUGCUACCUUCAACAAUUCCCGAUGCUUUUAGAAUAUAACCUCAAAAGAUGAUUGUUUUGGCAUUAAACAUCAGUGAUAAAAAGUACAACUACUGUAAAUUUAAUUUGGAGAAUGAUAAAGUGGAAAAGGUCAACGCUCGCGAAAAGAACUGCUUCAAAACCAAGAAUAAAAUUAAAAAAGUACAACUCGACAGUGCCUUUGUAAAUUACCUCAUACGCGAAUUAAUGAUUAGUGAAUUUUAUAGAGUGCAUUUUAUACAAAAAUGGACUGCUGGCCACAACGCCACUUUAAUAUUAGUGCUAAAUUGUACCAAGUACGAUUUAAUAGAUUAUAAUUGGAACGAUAUAGUUUACGUCAUGGUAAGAGAAAGGUGUGAGCUGGACCACGCUCUUUCCUGGUUGUCUACGUUGGGAGGUGCCUUUUCAGCAUUAGGUGACUAUUUCCCCUUGUGCGCGGAUACCGCAGGGAAAAUAUCAAUCCAUCAAUUAAAACUGGCGCUGAGGAUGGGAGAUCCGAAUACAGCGGCACGCUGCCGCUUGUACCUCAGUCUGAGCCUGAUACAGAAGAAGAAAUUCAGGUACGCUGAGAGAAUAAUUUACAGGGAGUACCAACUAGCAAGGAAGGCGACUGUGAUAGACUCACGGCUGUUGAACAUGUGCAGGGGGAUUUGGUCCAAACUUCAGUAUGAGUUCGACGUGUUCACAAGGACCAAAGCCGGCUUGAGCGAAAAGAUGAGGAAAGCCGUUAUAUAGUUCCGUUUACAGUUUUAUUUAUUGUGAAUAGACGUUUUGUUAACUAUUUUUUAGAGUAAAAAGUUAAGACGCG